AUGCAACAAGGUUUAUCAUCUAUGAAUGCUCCAUCAGAAACUGUAAUCGCAUUUUCUUGUGCUGCAGGUGAAGCGACGCUUGACGAAACAGGAAAUAAUAGAAAUGGUAUAUUUACUGAAAACUUAUUAAAAUAUAUUACAAUGCCUAAUAAAGAUAUUGAAGAAGUAUUAAAAAAUGUUUCUCGGGACGUCAAACAACAAACAGGUGGCUUUCAGAAACCAUAUCGAACAAGCUCUUUGACGGAAGACGUUUUUCUGGUAACAAAGCGCAGUCGAGAUUCUUAUCGAUCAAAUCAUUCUACAAUCAGUACAGCAACUAUAUCAAAGAAUCCUAUAUCAACUCAAGCUCAAAUAAAACAAAAGCCAACUCAGACAAAAAAGAGUCAAUUUCAACAAUUUGGAAUUACUGAUGCUGGAGGAAAUGGACGAGGACAGAAAUUAAAUCAACUCGAUUGGCCUCAUGGGAUCUUUAUUAACAAUAAGAAAUCAAUUUAUAUUGCUGAUUGUUGGAAUCAUCGUAUUGUUAAAUGGAAAUUGAAUUCAAAUCAAGGUCAAAUCAUUGCAGGUGGAAAUGGAAAAGGAAAUCAAAAGAAUCAAUUGAGUCAUCCAAGAGAUAUAAUUUUUGAUAAACAAAAUAAGUCUUUUAUUAUUUCUGAUCGUGGAAACAGACGAGUCAUUCGAUAUUUUGAUAAUAGUCAAACAAAUCAACAAAUUAUCAUUUCAAAUAUUAAUUGUUGGGGUCUGACAAUCGAUAAAAAUGGAUUUAUUUAUGUUUCUGAUUAUGAGAAUCAUGAAGUGAGACGAUGGAAACAAGGAGAUGACGAAGGUGAUUUAGUUGCAGGUGGAAAUGGUCAAGGAGAUCAUCUUAAUCAACUCAAUAAUCCUACCAAUAUUUAUGUUGAUGAAGAUGAUGCUCUUUAUAUAUCAGAUAAUGAGAAUCAUCGUGUAAUGAAAUGGAAAAAAGAUGAAAAAGAAGGAAUUAUUGUUGCUGGUGGAAGUGGGAGAGGAAACAGUCUCAAACAAUUGGAUUGUCCUCAAGGAAUGAUUGUUGAUAAUUUGGGCCAAAUCUAUGUAGCAGAUGUGGGGAAUGAUCGAGUAAUGCGUUGGUGUGAAGGAGAUAAAGAAGGUGAAAUUGUUGUUGGUGGAAAUGGUAAAGGAAAUCAACCAAAUCAAUUGAAUUGUCCCAGAGGUGUAUCAUUUGAUAAUGAAGAAAAUCUUUAUGUUGUUGAUCAUUUCAAUUAUCGAAUCCAAAAAUAUGAAAAAAUUUUAAUUUAA